GGGCCGGGCUAAAUGCCGCUUAUCAGACUACAUAAGUAUUUUAUGCAAGAUCAGUCACAGAAGUAACAGUAAAAAUGGCUGGCCCAGCAAAGAAACGUGAGCUUCAAGGUGAUUUUAACAAUGAACGCGAAAAUGAGAAUAGUAACGACUCCAACAGUGAAGAGAGUGAAGAUGAGGUUAAAAAUGAGAAGGGCAUGGAGAUUCAAGUAGAUUUUGAAGGUCGUAAUCCUGAGGAUCCUGAUUUUCAUGGCAUUAAAACACUUCUACAACAACUUUUUUUGAAAGCUCAUAUAGAUCUCAAUAAAUUGACAGAUUUAAUAAUACAACAAAAUUACGUCGGAUCAGUCGUUAAACAGUCCCAAGAUGAUCUGGCAUCUGACGAUGAAGAAGAUGAUGAUCAUGACAAUGUUUUUGGAAUCACUACAGUUAUCAAUGUUUCAAAUAGACAGACUACUCCAUGCAUUCAGCAAUUGAGAGACUUACUCAAGCAACUUGCACAGGAUCAUGCGACAGAUUCAGUGAACACAAUGGUCAAGCAUGUCCUUGAAAAUGAUUCUGCAGCUUUAGGACUUUUAAUUAACGAACGUUUUGUUAACAUUCCAGCACAAAUUUCAGUUCCUUUACUAGAAAAUCUUAUUUCAGAAAUGAGACGUGCUGUAAACAAAAAUAUGCCUUUCAAAUUUUCUUAUUAUAUCUUAAUUUGUAAGUUAUAUAAAACUAACGAUGAAAAUGGGAAGAAGAAAAAGAAAAACAAACUUAAAUAUUCUCCAGAAGAAGAACCAAAUAUUAUAUAUAGCAAUCCAGAGGAAGAGUUUUUUGCAGAUGAAGCUACUUUUAGCUUUGAAUUUUCCGUUGAGAAAGAGUCGGAUAACGGUCUUUCUGGUGCAUGGGAGGAAGAUGAUUAUGAAAUGACGCCAUACAGGCGAGUACUAUUAUUUGAGUCUUCAAAGUUACAACGGAUAGUUGACAGGAUGAGGAUGGAGCUUACGCCAUGUUAAUUCUUAUGAACAAACUUCAUAUUUUAACUAAUUGUGAUUAAAAUGUAUAUAUUUUGUUGCGAGCGAAUUUUUUUUAAUACUUGGGUUGCAUAUUAUAAGAUAGUCGUGAAUAGAACUAAUGUUCUUAUUUUUCUAUUUGACACGACGUGCUAGAUCAUAAAAAUGUUCAUAUUGUAUCGAUGCUUAACUUGCUUCUUAAUGUUCACGUUAUAAUGGCCAUGAUAUUAUUAAACAUAUUACUCAAAUGAAAUAUUGAACCAAUGUUGUUCUUCAAUGAAAACUGUCUAUUUAUAUAUUUAUAUA